GAUCGAGUCAAGAACAAGCCCCUCGUCCGCCAUGUGGGAAAACGCACACAAUAUCUUCCGUUAAGGGUUCGGAGGUCGGCCUUUGGCACACACGAGCUCCGGGAGGAUGACAUGGAAAGGCCCCACCCGUACCGAGCCAGCGAAACAGAGAAACCCCCACUAGGGCAAGCCACUCACAAUUCGAAUUCGAGAAGCACAGCAGCACAUCACCAACCCAACAUCACCAACAAUCGUCAUGAACACCACAAGAGGCAUGUCAGACGCACAAAGGGCAAUUGAGCUGCAUAUCUGCUCAGACACAGCGACAAGUACCGCCGGCAAUACAUUUCGACAAGAGUAUUUGAAUUCUUUUUCUCAAAUGAUAUAUCGACACUACUUCCCAGUUCGGUCGGCUCUCGGUUGCGGGAACACCCUGAUCGGAAACAUCCCCACCUCAGACUUCUCCACGUUGGGAUCUCCCUUGUCGCCCUGCUUUUCCACUUUCUUUCAAUUUCUGGUCUUGGUUAAUGGUUUCCCUUUUUUUUUUUGCGUCGAUUUGAGCACAUCCUGACGAAUCGAGCCUCACACGGCAGCGGAUCAAAUUCCCCUGGCCGCAACGGAGUAAUCAUGUUGAAAUGCAGCAGAGAGAAGAUCGACGCAGGAGCCAGAGGCGUAUUGCGGCCGCAGAGGUUCUUUUUGAAGGCCAACAAAGUUGUUGCUGCAUGUCAUGAAGAAUCUUUUGGCUGGCCCUAACGAGGUGUCCACAGUCUUUUCUACUUGGGAAAAGCAUCAUGAAGUUUGCGCGCUCUCGGGGAUAACUAAGAGACCGACUGUUGAGGCCGUUUAAACACCGUCCAAUACCACAUUAAAUCCCCCCCCCACACACCCACCACCACGAAUACACAAAAUCGAACGCCGCAAAGUGAUUCAUUCAUACAGACAAGGUACUGUACGAACGGUAUGAUUCCAUCCAGAAGAGGUGUUAGACCCGGCGCGUGGGCUUUGCUGGGUACACACACUCAACGAGUACAUGAGACCUGCAGACAUCGCCUCGCGACAAGAAGUACUUGUGCUCCCAACCCCAGUCCCCAGUCUCGAGUCCCCAUGUUCCUCAUGCCCCUGUCGGUCCCCUUGAACCCUGUCAGCAUACCUGAUGUACCCGUCAUCCAUGUCAUCCAUGUCAGUUCACUCACAGCUAAGAGAGGGCCGCGCAGCCCUUCAUCUUUAUGUACAUUAAUAAUCCCCUGCUCUCUCCUGCUUCCCUCUGCUUAUGCACCCACUCCCCCCUCGUUCUCGAACACUGGUCUUGGCCUCAUCCGUGCAAACCACCCCGAUCUCAUAUAUUAUUUCUUCAUCCCACACCCCCCUCCAGAACUAGCUCACCAUUAUAAGACCUCAUCUUGCCACCAUCGUCUUAACACCUUCUCGGUUCUAGAAGACACGAACUUUGACUUGACAGCUUGACAGCUUGACAACCAAUUUCACGGACGACAUCAAGCUAUUGCCACACAAUACCUACACACUCAGCAUACAAUGGACGGCUUACCAACACCACCCAACGAGGACUUCCUCGGUCACAAGAGACACCACACCAUCUCCAAGUCAGUCAAGGCCGUUCACAGGACAUCAAAACGCACCAGCUAUCACGGCCACCCGCCUUCGCCUGUCCAUGACACCCACUCAUCACACAGCGGAGAUGCCAGACAUAAGAGAGUGUGGAAGGCCUGCGAGAGGUGCAGAAUGAAGAAGACCAAGUGCGACGGAGAGUUCCCCUGCAAGAGGUGUAAGGACGACGGCCUUGUCUGCACAGCUGGAGUUCGCAAGAAGACUGAGUACAAGCAACUACCGCGCGGUUACGCAGAGGUGCUCGAGAACACGCAGUUUGCCCUCAUUGCUACGGUACACAAGCUUUAUGCUAUGGUCCGAAACCACCAGACAUGGGAUCUCGGCGAGCCAGAUCUCAACGACAGAGGCCAGCCGGUGAUUCACAAUAUUGCGUCCAAACUGGGGUGUAUACGACCCAGCGGGGACAUGGACCUGCCUCCUCAUGCUGUUUUCCCCGAAGACGAAGCCGGCCUCACGGAACUUGCCAGACAACUAGAGGAGCAACAGAGGAGAGAAGCCAUGGCCGCCCCAUUAUCCAGCAACGGCAACACCACUUCCAUCCCCCACAGCCACCACAGUAGACAAAACACGAUCGACUCGCGAAUCGACGACCGGGCCAGCUCGUCCUCCCCCGAACUCGACCACUCGGACUUUGAGACUAGCAUGGACAACUACCGAAAAGCGACCUUUGGCACCACCACGGGAGCAACCUCAGCGAUCACCAUGUCACCCGCCAGUCUGUCCUAUCACGACUUUGACAUGUCCGGCUGCCCUACGCCUUCGGUGGACGGCAGGUUCCCACCGCACACGACGCAGUCACCUACCUCGGCGGGGAGCAUUCCCACCAGUCUGAACUGGCUCAACGCGGCAAGGACUUCUUCUACGGCUGUGAUGGACGCGCUGGAGUUUACCUCGCAGCCUGCGGCGCACUACGGGGGGUAUACGUUGGACAUGGACAUGCUUAAUCAGAAUCUGCUAGAGUCCGCGUUUGGAGUUGGAAGUGGGGUGGGGAUGAAGGGGUUGGCUUGUGCGGCGAAUCCGGAUGUCACGCUUUUGGGGGGAAUGGGGGACACGAUGAUGUACGGGGGGGUGUAUGGGGGGGAUGAUGGGUUGAGGAUGUGA